GGAGGCUCCGGAGCGUGGCAGCAGCUGGAAGGAGAAGACCGGAUGUGACGUCCUGUGGUCCUGGCGGGGUAAACAGACUCAGACAAGAUGGCGGCCUCCUCCUCCUUCUGAUUAGAGGUGGAUAUUUGUGAGAGGGGAGACCAGCGCGCGCAUUGGGAUGCAGGAAUCGUCGGAAGAUGGCGAGGAGAAGGUGACGUCCAGGAUGGAGUCGCUGGCGGUGAAGGAAGGAGAAGACGACGAUGAGGAAGAUGAGGAGGAGGCGCGAGAGGCAGAGGAGAAUCCGAAAGAAGAUGGAGAGAAAGGAGACGACGAUGAUGAUGAUGAUGAGGAGGAGGGGGGUGAUGGAGAUCGGCGGCAGGAGGAGGACGAUGAGGAUGACGAGGACUGGUGCAUCCCGUGUAGUGAUGACGACCUGGAUGAGACGGACGGCUGGACACCGGCGCCCGAGGACAUAAAACGCCUGUACGAGCUCAUUGCCAGCGAGAGGACGCUGCCCCUCCAGGUGGACAUCCUGCUGCACCGACCGCCCACCCCCGAGCCGGACCCCCUGGACGAGGAGUCGGACCAGGAGCAGGAGGAAGAGGAGGAGGAGGAGGAGGAAGACGACACGCCUCCUGUCCCCACAGAGUUUGAUUUUGAUGAUGAACCUGUCACCCCGAAAAGCUCUUUAAUUGACAGGCGACGAACGCCUGGGGGCUCGGCUUGCAGUCAGAAGAGAGAGGCGCGUCUAGACAAGGUCCUCUCCGACAUGAAGCGCCACAAGAAGAUCGAGGAGCAGAUCCUGAAGACCGGGCGCGAUCUGUUCGACAUGGACCCCGACUCUGUGCCCACCCCGAAACGCUCGUCCGCCAUCUUCCCUCGACAGCGGAAGUACUGAGCAUCGUCGGCCAUAUUGUUACUGCCGCCACGAGCGGGGCUGUUCUUGUUGUGAAUUCGGAUUUGUACAUCGUCACCUUAUGGACACUUACAUGUAUUGUCUACCCACGUUGCGGGCAGUGGCCACCGUGUGGACUCCAUCAUGCCCUGACUGCCGGGGAUACCUGAGACUUGUGGUGCCACAGACCGUCCUGCGCUGAGCCUUUUUUUUUGUGCUUCGCUUGUCCUGUGUAAAUAAAUAAACUUUUUUUUUCCUCUGUAAAAUCUAA